CUGGGUGACGCCAUCAGCCGGCGCGAUGUUUAGAGUCCACUGAUGUCGUGGCGCUUCGGGGGUAGAAGUUGCUGUCUUGCCGGACCCUGGUCCUGAAGACGCUGUCCGGGUGACCCCUAACCUCUUCCUACCCACCCCUCCGCCCGCCUUUUCCCUCCGCCCUCUGGCAGGAUGAGGCGUACAGGCUUGGGUGAAGGAGUACCUCCUAGCAACUAUGGCAACUAUGGCUAUGCCAAUAGUGGGUAUAGUGCCUGUGAAGAAGAAAACGAGAGACUCACUGAAAGUCUGAGACACAAAGUAACCGCUAUAAAGUCUCUUUCCAUUGAGAUAGGCCAUGAAGUUAAAAAUCAAAAUAAAUUAUUAGCGGAAAUGGAUUCACAGUUUGAUUCUACAACUGGAUUUCUGGGUAGAACUAUGGAAAAACUGAAGAUUAUAUCCAGAGGGAGCCAAACAAAGCUGCUGUGCUAUAUGAUGCUGUUUUCAUUGUUUGUCUUUUUUGUCAUUUAUUGGAUUAUUAAACUGAGGUGAUGCAAGUAAGUGUGAGUUUGGAAUUUGUUCCAACUUAAAUAGCUUGGAGUACCACUUUCGUAAAAAAUGAGCAUCAAAACAUUCCUAAUUUUCAAUUACGAUGGCUUUUCCAUUGAGGAUUACUGAAUUUUACUUGUUUUAUAAAUCAUGUUAGAUAAUACAGUGCUCUUUGAAUACUGUUUCUUAAUGAUUCAUUUUUGCCCCUAUUUUCAGGGGUACUCAGAUGGCCUAAAGUCCAUCUCGCCCUAACAAUUGUUUGCCUGUUGUUUGCUGUCAGAUUAAACAGCAGUAUAAUAUUCCGUUGUUACCAUACAUGUAGGUUUAUGUUCUCUAUAAAGAAGCUUUGUGGGAGAAUAACAAUGCCUGGAGAGCUUGACGCUGAGCUCUUGAGGUAGUGACACUUUUGUGAUGGAACGGUAAAUGUGUUUUCUUGAACUGCCAUCAACCUUAAUGAGGUACUCCCCUUUCCUCUUUUACUCGAUUAAAACUGUAGGCAGAUUUCUUUUUACCUCCAAGUUUUCUAAUAGUUUUUGAUGAUACGACUCUUCUUCCCCCUUUGCCCAAGGACCUCAUUCUUGACUGAAGCUUGUUAUUUUGGCAUAUUUCUAGCAGGGUGCCAAACAAAUGUGUACCAGUCUCGUCGUUUUGUAUUGAUUUUGUACAUACCGUUGACUUGGCUUAUAAUAGUUCUGUGAUUUUAGCUACUUAGGCCAUUUGGUUAUCAUUUGUGACAGAAUAAUGUGAAGCUAAAGUAAUUGCUGAGCUCCAAAUGAAAAUAAAAUGUUCAAGAAAAUUAAUUGCCUCUGCUUUAUUAAGUGCUCAAAAUAGAUAAUUGAAAGUACUCAGCAUUGAACUUGGGGUUAAGACUCUUGUUACUUUAAUCCAUUAUAUUUGUUUAUAGAAAGCAAAACAAAGGUGGACUGUUAAGUAAGAAUAUUGAAAUGUUCUUAAACGAUCUGUUGCUACUAUUUUGGAAUUUAUCCAUUUAUGGGCUCCAAAAAUAAAUUUUUAAUGAAAUAAAUUAAUUGA